AUGGCAUUCUACUUUCAAUCCUUACAGAAAGACAUAAUCAAUGAUAUUGACGUCGGAUUGCAGCCAAACCCUUUACCUUCUCCAAUAGUAGAUGCCCCUGUAUUUGGACGAGAUACACAAUUCUCACCUCACUUGGCGAUUGUCAUGGCAGACAAUGGGUUCGACGUUGAACAGGUUUGCCUUCCUUGGCGCUACUUUACCGAUCGUGGGUUUCUAGUUGAAUUUGUGUUCCCAAGGCCACUCGAUCCCCCAAGGGUAGCUAAACCAGACCCUUCUUACACGACUGGUUGGAAAGGAAUCAUCAUGGGACCUUCCAAAGAUGCUAUGGAUAUUUACAGCAUUUUAUGUACACUCGACGAAUUUAUUCAACCAAAGUAUUAUACAGAUGAUAAUUUUUCUUUUCUUGACUUUGACGUGGUACUUAUUACUGGAGGUAGAAAUGAACCCAUGCGCCAGAUGCUUACGGAUCCCUUAUUACACUCAAAACUGAAGCCCUAUUUAAGACUAUGUAAACGAAUAGAUCGUCGAAAGGAUGACCCGAAUGUUGCUCCGUCAAAGAUCUUGGGGACCAUUGCCCAAGGUGCUUUACCUAUUUACAUAAAUAAUCCCGAAACGACACUGCGCUCAACGACAAUCCCGGUAUGGAUGGAGAGAACAAAUUCCUGGAUUUCUCCUCCUCCGAAUAACUCCUCUUAUUCUUAUGCAGCAUCCUUAAUGCCUACUGACAAAUACUUUGCUGGACCUAAUUAUCGAACUGUUUUUACAAUGGAGGACAUGCAUCAUUACUAUAUAUCUGGAAGAUGCAACACAGACAUAAUCCCUUUAAGCACGGGGCUUUAUGAUCUUUAUAGACAAAUGCUUCGAGACCAAAAGUCAGGCAUGCGUCCACAGAGGAAGAAUUUGACCAGCUCCAACGACGUCCCUCAAAAAUGA